ACUUUGUUUCCGGGUGCAAUUUAAGACUAUAAAGGGAGUGGGUCUUCAAGAGCUCAGAGAUCACCUUUCUUCUUCCUACGUGUUACUGUGAUAGCAGAGAUCAUCAGACAUCUGUACAAUGAACACUUAUCUCUUCAUCUACUAUUUAAUCCAAUUCUGUGGACAUUCCUGGAUCUUUACAAAUAUGAUCAUCAGGUUCUUGUCAUUUGGGAAAGAUUCUUUGGCCGAUACCUUCUAUUCUAUAGGACUUGUAAUGCGCCUUUGUCAGUCGUUGUCCAUAUUAGAGCUCCUGCACAUUCUAGUUGGCAUUGAAGAAAACCGUUUUCUCCCAAGGUUUUUACAGAUAACUGAAAGAAUCAUCAUUUUAUUUGUUGUCAUCACCAGUCAAGAAGAAGUUCAAGGGAAAUAUAUUGUGUGCGUUUUAUUUUUCCUUUGGAAUUUACUGGAUGUGGUCAGAUACACUUACUGCAUGUUAUCAGUGUCAGGAACAUACUAUGGAGCUUUGACAUGGCUGAAUUACACAUUAUGGAUUCCAGUAUAUCCCCUGUCAAUUCUGGCUAAAGCAUUUGCCAUCUAUGAAUCACUGCCUUACUUUGAAUCCUUCGGCACAUACUCCACCAAGCUACCAUUUCCAGUUGCCUUAUCGAUCUACUUCCCGUACAUACUAAAGCUGUACCUGGCAAUGCUGUUUGUAGGUAUGUACUUCACCACUAGAUACCUCUGCUCAGAAAGGAAAGCUCACCUAGGAGCCAGCUACAUCAAAGAGAAAAGGAGCUAA